GCAUGAUAGACACGUACUUCCCUACAUACUCUCCAUUUUCCCCUUCAUAAAUCCCACCUCUCUUUCUCUCUCUCUACCAAAUCCAAAACCCUCAAGAAAUCUGAGAAUCUAACAAGCAAGGCAAGAGAAAGGCAACCCAUAAUGGGAAACAGAACUACGCUUUUCUUCUUACUGCUAGUUAUUUGCUAUGGAGUCACCGCCAUGGCAAAUGGGUUUAGUUAUAAUGAAGAGAGAGAGGGAAGCAGGAGCGAGAGGGAAGUGACAGAAGAAAGAGGAGAGGGAAGCAGGGGAGAAAGAAUAGAAGGAGAAGAUAGGUUUUUGUUGCAAGAUUCAAAGCAUGUGGUGAAAACUGAUGCAGGGUAUAUGAGGGUGGUGAGAAAUUUUGGUGGAAGAAUGAUAGAGAAGCCUAUGCAUAUUGGGUUUAUUACUAUGGAACCGAAGUCUCUUUUUAUCCCUCAAUAUCUUGACUCUAAUUUAAUCAUCUUCAUUCGAAGAGGGGAAGCAAAGAUUGGAUUGAUCUACGAAAACGAGCUGGCAGAGAGGCGAUUGAAGAAUGGGGAUAUAUAUCGAAUCCCGGCCGGUUCAGCAUUCUACUUGAUCAACCCAGCAGAAGGGCAAAGACUUCAUAUAAUUUGCAGCAUUGAUCCAACUGAGAGGUUCGGAUUUGGUACUUUUCAGUCUUUCUUCAUUGGCGGAGGAACCUAUCCAACUUCUGUUCUCUCUGGUUUUGAACCAGAAACACUUUCAACUGCCUUUAAUGUCACAAUGGAUGAACUUAGGGAUAUCAUGACAAGGCAAAAUGAGGGUCCAAUCGUAUAUUUGGACGAUUCUCGAGCACCGAAAGCAAGCGUAUGGAAAAAGUUCAUUCAAAUGAAGGAGCAAGACAGACUUCAGCACCUAAAGAGAAUGAUGAAGUUCCAACAAGAACCAAUGGAAGAAGAGGAAGAAGAGGAGGAAACAACAUGGUCAUGGAAGAAACUCAUGAGUUCUGUUUUCGGGCAGGAAAAUGAGAAAAAAAAGCGUGAGAGGACCGGUAAAUCACCAAAAUCUUAUAACAUGUACAAGACCCCCGACUUCAAAAACAACUAUGGAUCCAGCAUUGCCCUGGAUGACACUAGUUAUGAUCCUCUCAAACACUCUGGCAUUGGAGUAUACUUCGUCAAUCUCACUGCGGGAUCAAUGAUGGCACCGCAUGUGAAUCCAACAGCAACAGAAUACGGAAUUGUUCUGAGAGGAACUGGCGUAAUACAGAUUGUGUAUCCAAACGGAACACAAGCAAUGAAAGCGAAAGUAGCAGAAAAUGAUGUGUUUUGGGUGCCAAGAUAUCACCCAUUCUGUCAAAUUGCAUCAAGAACAGCUCCUUUUGAGUUCUUUGGAUUCACAACCUCAGCUCAAAAGAAUAGACCCCAAUUCUUAGCUGGUUCAAACUCAGUUCUUACUACCUUAAGAGGCCCUGAGCUUGCAACUGCAUUUGGCUUAAGCGAGGAAGGAUUGGAGCACUUUGUUAAUUCACAACGCGAGUCAGUUAUAUUGCCUUCAGCAUCUGCAGCACCACCAGACAAGUUGAAGGAGGCGGCUAAUUCUGAAAGGGUGCAAAAAUUGAUAAAGAGCUUUGAUAAUGAUAUGAUAAUGGGUUUUGAUUAGAGAAGAGUAAUGUAAAGAAUAAAACGUGGUUGCAAACACAGACUGUAAUAGCUGUUGGUAGUAGCUUUUUUUUACCCUUUUCGUUUAUCUAGUUAUCCUCAGAGUCGUUAAUGAGUUUCUCUUAGUUUGUGAAUAAAAUUUACUUUCUUUUUUCUCAUUA